UCCCCCGCCCGGCUAGCUGGGACUCGGAGCCGCCGGGAUCUCGGCAGUCUGGCAGACCGGCCCCAGGGCGCAGCGCCCCGCCGGGGGAAGGAGAGGAGGCACGAGGGGCCGAGCGCCCUGCACACCGCUCGCUGCUCCCGAAGAUCUCGCAAAGCAGCCGGGAGAGGAGGAGCAGGCACCGUGCGGGGGAGCCGCGGGGAUUCCCGGGCUCUUCGGGGAACGGAGAAACUUACUGACUCGCCUUUCCUCUUGCAGCAGGGAGCUGACGGAUGAGUCCCGGCUGCAGCCGCAGCAGCAGCCGAGGCGCCCCCGCUCGCGCUGCGGUCCGGGAGCCCGGGGCCAUGGCGUCUCCUCGGUGCCCAGGGAUGAGCAGGAGGCAGCAACCUCUGGCUGGCCGCGCAGCUCCCGGACGGCGAGCCGCCUCCCUGGGCCAGGAAUAAGUGUCCUGCAGCCGCCCCCGGCCUCUCCGCCACACGCGCCCCCCAGCAUGGCUCCCUCGGCCCGGGUCGCUCUCAGGAUGGUGCUGGGAAAGGGCCAGGCAAUCGGCUGCCCAGCCACCCGCUGAAUCGCCCCCGCCUCUCUGAAGAGGGCUGAUGCUCCCGCGUAGGCGCCGAGCAGCCCCGGAGUUCGCUUGGGAGCAGGGAAGCAGCCGGAGCGGCUGAGACCUCGCACAGUCACUGCAGACAGCACAAAAUGUGGCUACACAAUCCACACCCUGCCAGAUCUGGAUUCACCAGCAGAGAGGCUGCCACAAACCCUGAGCCUAAAAAGAGAUUCCUUAAGAGGUUGGUGGAUGUGGACAGCAGAGGAGUGAAGAGGGAAAAGGUUAGCAGGGAGGACGGCGCAGAAUAUAGAACUAUGAUAGCAACUGGUGGAGUAAUAACAGGGCUGGCAGCCUUAAAGAGGCAAGACUCUGCCAGAUCUCAGCAUCACCUAAAUCUUGCCACAUCACCAACUUCUGAAGAGAAAAAGCCAGUCAGACGCCGGCCCAGGGCUGAUGUAGUAAUUGUUAGGGGCAAAAUCCGACUUUACUCCCCAUCAGGAUUCUUUCUUGUUUUGGGAGUGCUUAUCUCAUUCAUGGGAAUUGCAAUGGCUAUCCUUGGAUACUGGCCCCAAAAGGAACAAUUUUUAGGUCCUGAAGCUAGUCUAGCCUUAAAUGAAACCCAGGUCAUAACAAACCAAGGUGGAGUUAUAUUUCGUUUCUUUGAACAACAUUUACACUCAGAUAAGAUGAAAAUGUUGGGCCCCUUUACUAUGGGCAUUGGAAUUUUUAUUUUUAUUUGUGCAAAUGCCAUCCUACAUGAAAAUCGUGACAAGGAAACAAAAAUCAUACAUAUGAGAGACAUAUAUUCCACUGUAAUAGACAUGCACAGUCUGAGAAUCAAGGAACAAAAGCAGUUGAAUGGCGCUUACACUGCUUUAUUGGGGGAAAGUGAAUUCAAGCAUAGUGGGAACUCAUGUGCAUCGCGGUUGGCUGCAAACACAAUUGCACCUUUCUCUGGCUUCAGGAGUAACUUUCGAAUGGACAGUUCGGCUGAAGAAGAUGAGGUUGCCAUAAAUGAAGACAAGAACACUUCUAACCUUCUACCACCUUUGCUGGCUGAGCAUUCUGGCUCUGUCUUUGGACUCUACCCUCACACUAGCAAGGCAACGAAUGACAAAAAUAGUAGCUCUAUAAAGUGUGAAACAAAGUCAAUUGUAUCAUCCUCCAUUAGUGCUUUCACACUGCCCGUAAUUAAACUAAAUAAUUGUGUUAUUGAUGAACCUAGUAUAGACAAUAUCACUGAGGAUUCUGAGAUCACUAGAAGCCGGUCUAGAAAUUUGUCAGUGGACUCUCUAGCCAUUUCAUUAACUGAUACCAAUGAACCCUACAAACCUGCCAGUGCAAUGCUACCCCGAAAUAAUUCAUUUGUAGAACCUCCAUCCAGUCAGUUCAAAUCUUCUAUAACUCUUGGACCAAGCGCUGGAAAACUUUUAUCACCUGGUGCUGCCAGAAAACAAUUUGGGUCCAACGCGUCUUUGCAUCUUCUGUCUGCACAUUCAAAAUCCUUGGAUUUAGAGAGGGGUCCGUCAACACUCACUGUCCAAGCUGAACAAAGAAAACACCCCAGCUGGCCCAGAUUGGAUCGAAGCAACAGUAAAGGAUACAUGAAACUAGAAAACAAAGAGGACCCAAUGGAUAGGUUACUUGUACCCCAAGCCACAGUUAAAAAGGACUUUACUAAUAAGGAAAAGCUGCUUAUGAUUUCAAGAUCUCAUAAUAAUUUGAGUUUUGAACAUGAGGAGUUUUUGAGUAACAACCUAAAGCGGGGAACUUCUGAAACAAGAUUUUAAUAUUUAAAUUACAAUUUACAAAACGUCCUACAGUAUUUUUAAAAAUAUUUUGACAAGUUUCUUUUUCAGUGAAACUGGCACAAGCCUGUUUUUACCGAAUGCUUAUGGCACAUUCAGAUUGGCUUGUGUGAACAGAGAUCAUCAUCUCUGUAAUGCCAAGAGUUUCAUGUGUUAGUAACAUACAACUGUAAUACUGUAUAUUAUCACCACUCAAAUAUAUGUUCGUGCCACAGAUCCCAUAUUCUCCAAUCUGUUACUCUUUUGUUUCUAUAUAAGCACAUGACUUUUCAUCACUAAGUCAAAAAACCUGCAUCAGAAUUGGAGCUCCCAUAAGCUUCUAGUCCGUUCUUUUAGUGAUUGCAACAUUCUAACUAUGAUGCUUCCAGUCUAGGAUGAAAAGUGAGUAGCAGUAUCUACAGGAAUUGCCAAAUCCAGACACACAUUGUCUUUUACAGAUGAUACAUCUUGGUAACUGCAAUCCUAGAAUGUCAUUGUGUUUACAUGUUGGGGUGGGAGGGUAGAAGAAAACUGGGCAGAUUAAAACCAUUUUUGUGAACUCACUGUAAAUGGUCAAGUUGAAUACCAGUGUUGUGAAUUCUAGUUAACUAUGCUUUGUGAUAACUUUCUAUAUCCACUAUAAUUUAGUACUGCAAUUCAAGAAAACCAUAUGUAGAAUAACCAUGGCUUGGAAAUUUGCAAAUUUUUCUGGGAUUAGUUAUCCAAAGUGCAUUAAUUGGCAACAGCUUUACAAAUAAAAUGUACAAACUUAAUUAAAAAGAUCUGAACAUGAUGAAUAACAGGAUUUUAGAAUUAUGAUGUACAGUAUGAUAUUGUGACAAAUCUAAAGAGAAUAAUUAAAUAUAUUAUAUAUAGUGUUUACAGUAGCCAAAACUUAAAUAACAGGAUUGCUAUGUUUGAAAAAAUUGAAACAACAAACUGUACAAUUCAGUAUUUACACUAAGGUUAAUGUGAAAGCCCAAUUGGCUAAAUUUAAACUUGUAUAUUUUGCAUAAUUAUAGCUUGAUGGCUCAGGGGAGGUUUAGCUGUGAUAAAUUGCAUAGAAAGCUUUUGCAAACGAUUGACGUUUAAGACAAAAAGCGUUCUCUCAGCAAAGCACGCUUCACAGUUGCAGUUGUAGGCUAAGAAAGUUAAUACGAAUGACUCUACAUGCAUCCGAUGAAGUGGGCUGUAGCCCAUGAAAGCUUAUGCUCAAAUAAAUUUGUUAACCUGUAAGGUGCCACAAGUACUCCUUUUCUUUCUACUAGAAAGUUUUCAUUUUUCCAUUAAGCCAUUUAGGCCUUGAUCCUGCCAUGACAGCCACACUUAAGAACUCCUUCUACCAUUCACCAAGCAGUAUUGGGGCCUUAACUGGUCAUCUUUAACAGAUGUUUGAUACUUUCACUUCAUCUAAAUACUCAGGAAUUGUGUUUUUUUUUAAAGGCUUUCCCCAAAAAAGAAUCAAAAGUUAGAAUGUUGUUGUACUUCAGUUGAUCAUGAAAGAUGAAAGACAGAAAUAUUUCUUUUUUUAAUUUCCAGCUCCAUAUUUCAACAAUGCAAUGUUUAUGUGUCAAGAGCAUUACUUGCUCAGUGAAUUGAGGCAUAGUGUUACUUGUUAGAACCUCAAGCCUAUAUAUUGUAACAGAGUUGGCUAAAUAUUUUGCUAUGAAGCUUUUAAUAACUUUCUGGUUCGUGUUCUUAAUACAUUUGCUAUUUUUUGAAAUAAAAUAAAAUGUA